AUGAGUAGAAUUUGCUAAAACUCACCCAACACCGCGGCACUUGUACUUGUGUUGUCUGUCUCGCGGCUCUCUCUCUCGCUGGCCUCUCUGAUCCCCCCUUCCUGCACGCCCCACCAGUUUCCACAACAUGGCGGCAGUCGAUGUUGAGCGUGCCAAGCUCGAGGCAAAUAUGCGAAAUCUCAAAUUAGCUGGCCACGUUGGAUUCGACAGUCUUCCCGAUCAGCUGGUGAAUAAAUCCGUGCAGAAUGGAUUUGUCUUCAACAUUUUAUGUAUCGGUGAAACUGGCCUGGGAAAAUCAACACUCAUGGACUCGUUGUUCAAUACGAGUUUUGAGUCUAAUCCAAGUCCCCAUAAUUUACCAGCAGUCAAGUUGAAAUCCCACACUUACGAACUGCAGGAGAGCAAUGUAAGGCUGAAGUUGGCAAUUGUGGACACUGUUGGGUAUGGGGAUCAGAUUAAUAAGGAGGAUAGCUUCAAGUCUGUAGUGGAUUACAUCGAUGCUCAGUUUGAGGCUUAUCUGCAGGAAGAGCUGAAAAUCAAGAGGUCUCUGGGGACCUACCAUGACACCAGGAUUCAUGUCUGCUUGUAUUUUAUUUGUCCUACUGGACAUGGAUUAAAAUCUAUCGAUCUCGUGUGCAUGAAAAAAAUUGACACCAAAGUCAACAUAGUUCCAAUUAUCGCUAAAGCUGAUACCAUAUCAAAAACAGAACUCCAGAAAUUCAAGAGUAAAAUAAUGUCAGAGCUCCAGAACAAUGGAGUCAAUAUCUACCAAUUUCCCGUGGAUGACGACAAUGUAGUCGAGAUAAAUUCCACAAUGAACGCACAUGUUCCCUUUGCUGUGGUCGGUAGCACUGACUUUGUACGCGUUGGGAACAAGAUGAUGCGCUCCCGUCAAUAUCCAUGGGGCACAGUUCAGGUGGAAAAUGAAACCCACUGUGAUUUCGUUAAGUUACGUGAGAUGUUGAUCAGAACAAACAUGGAGGACAUGAGGGAAAAAACUCACUGUCGCCACUAUGAACUCUAUCGCAAAAAGCGACUCGAGCAGAUGGGAUUCAGCGACGUGGACAGUGAAAAUAAGCCAGUCAGCUUCCAGCAGACGUGUGAAGCUAAGCGAUCCACUCAUUUGCAGGAAUUACAGCAGAAGGAGGAUGAAAUGAGACAAAUGUUUGUCGCUAGAGUUAAGGAGAAGGAAGCUGAGUUGAAAGAAGCGGAAAAGGAGCUCCACAAUAAAUUCGAUAAACUCAAAAAAGAUCAUAUGGAGGAGAAAAAAAAAUUCGAAGAAAGUAGGAAGAAGUUGGAAGACGAUAUAGUCGAGUUUAAUCGUCGUAAAACUCAAAUUGCUCAGCAGUCUCAGCAUCACAUGCUAACCCUCGGCAAAAGCAAGAAAAAAUAAUUUUGAACGCCAGCCGAACUGAACGGGGAAAUUUUCAAAUAGAAUGCCUUUUCUUUCCACUAUUCGGAUAUCGGUUACUUUUCUAUAAUUUAUAAACAAAAAUAAAACUAGUAUUUUUUAUUAUCGCAAUUCAGAAAGGCCGGCGACUCCUGUCGUUGCAUUUAAUCAAGAAAUUCAUCUUCACAAAAAAUUAUGUAUUAUGAUUUAUAAUUUAAGUUAUUUUUAAUCAAUUAUGCGUGCCAUUAAUCGGUAUACAGUACUUUAAUUUAGUGAUAAACACUCCAUAAACCAAAUUAAUAUACCUACAUUAAUCCGUAAACGGAUAAUAAUUAUGUUUAUAAAUUUGUAAGUGCUCUCUUUACACCCACAUCGAAAUGUACGAAAAUAUUUAGGUAAAAAUAAAGAGGUCUUUGAUAAAACACUAA